GGUUGGUGACAUUUGAGGGUGCGCCGCAUGUGGAAUCAUCGCGUCUACGUCGAGAUGACAUGUUUCCAAAGCGAGGGUUCCUUUUACGUCAGUCUGCAGGGACAGAUGAAGUAUAUAAUAAGAGCUCGUUGAGGCUGUCUUGGCUGUGUAGGUAUAUCUUGUCGAACGCAUUCCUUGGCACUCUUGUGGAUAUCAUUUUGUCUACCUAGUUAUUCAUUCUAUAUCUUGUCUAAGUAUCUCCAACAUUACCAUCCCUUUGAUCGAAAGUCACUACUUUGAGUUCAUCCUAUUUGUUAUUUUACUACUAUGAUGCCUGAAUCAAUGCGCGCCAUCGUUAUAUCGAAAUUCGGCGGCCCGGAGGUAUUAAUACAUCAAGAUGUCCCGAAACCCGUGCCGGGCGCCGACGAGGUUCUAAUUCGCGUCCAAGCUUUCGGUGUGAACCAUGCAGAGAUGCAUAUGCGCAAAGGCGAGUGGGAUGAAUGGAACCCAGUAACAGGCCUAGAAUGCGUCGGCACAAUAGAAUCAUAUCCGCGCCCCUCAUCACCAGCCCAAGCCGAGCGCUUCCCCAUCGGCAGCAAAGUCGCCGCCGUAAUGGGCGGCCUCGGCCGGAAUAGACCAGGCGGAUACGGCGAAUACGUGACCGUGGCCUCGAGCAACGCCAUCCCGUUAGACACCACUUUAUCCUGGGAACAACUCGCCGCGCUGCCGGAGGUGUAUUGCACGGCGUGGUCGUGUCUGUUCACCAUCUUGGAUGUGAAAAAGGGGGAGACACUCCUCAUCCGCGGCGCGACGAGUACACUGGGGCAGGCGGCGCUGCAUCUAGCUGUUGACGCUGGCGCCAUCGUGACUGCUACUACGAGGCGCGAGGAACGCUUCGCGUGGCUGAGAGAUAUAGGGGCUGCAGAGGCGGUGCGUGAGGAGAGUGGCCUAUUCAAAGUAGAGGGGGGGAAUAGCAGGAAAUUCGACAAGACGCUCAAUCUCAUCGGGAACAAAGUCCUCCUAGAAUCCAUCGCGCUCACGCGGGCUGGUGGCAGGAUGUUGCAGGCGGGAUGGCUGGGUGGUCUGGAGCCGGUGAGGCAGUUCAAUCCGAUGGUGCAGAUGGAGUCCGGGGUGCAUUUCAGCUUGUUCCAUAGCAAGGUGUUGGGUUCGCCGGAGUUUCCGCUGUCGGGGAUCCCGCUGCAGGAGAUCGUGCGGAAGAUUGAGCAGGGACGGUGGGAUGCGAAGCCUGCGAGGGUCUUUGAGUAUAAGGAUAUUGUCGAUGCACAUCGUGCGCUGGACUCUCACGAUGUAGGGGGCAAGAUUGUGAUAAAGCAUUGAGGGAACGGGGGCAGCUUAGAUAUCGAUUUGUUUGACGCAGUUGGUUUAUCAUUGGAGAUUGUGACUUGCAUUGAAGAACUCCUAGCCAAAGAGCCAUAUCAUAAUACUAACAGUCCUUCCACUUCAUGAGUAUAAACAUUCUCCAUA